GGAGCCGUGUGAGACACCAUGGCGCAAGCGCUCGCCUCCCCGGGGCUGUUCUCUGACGAUGAUGCCGCAGCCUCCCCCGUUCUUGAAUCCACAGCAACAGGGUUUGGGGCCGAUGUGCGCAAGGACCUCCUGUCGGAGUUCUCUGCCAUCUCUCCAAAUCUGGAGGGCUCGCAGCAGGCUGUAGCUGAAGACAAUAAUGGAAAAAUAAAGGUGUAUCUGAGAGUUCGACCUCUGAAAUCUACAGAAGUGGAAAAAGGGGAAGACCAGGGCUGUGUCUGCAUUGAGAAUUCAGAGACCUUGCUUCUAAAAGCCCCUAAGGACUCCUUCACCAUGCGGAGCACAGAACGUGGAGUGGGACAGGCAGCACAUAGAUUCUCUUUCACUCAGAUCUUUGGACCAGAUGUGGGGCAGAAAUUGUUCUUUGAUGAGACAAUGAAGCAGGUGGUAAAGGAUGUACUGAAUGGGCAGAACUGGCUGGUUUACACCUACGGCAUCACCAAUUCAGGGAAGACUCACACCAUUCAGGGCAGCAACAAAGAUGGGGGCAUUCUGCCCCGCUCCUUAGCGGUCAUCUUCAACAGCGUGGGGGACCGGCUGUACCAGGCCAUGGACCUGAAGCCUUCCCUCUCCCACGAGGUGAUCUGGCUGGACAGCAGGCAGGUGCGACAGGAAGAGACCAAGAAGCAGACCAUGCUGCGGGGCGGUCUGUGGGAGGAGGAGCUGUUAACGCCGCUGAAGAGGAGUCACAGUGCCGAAUCGCAGCUCCAGGCCACCACCAGUGGCAGUUUUGACAGUGGAGUUGCUGGCCUCUCUUCAUCUAGCCAACUCACCAACCAUUCGGACAUCAGCCAGACAGAAGAACUGGGUCCUCGCUGGGCUGACUUGGAUCGCAUUUCACUGACCAAUGCAGGAGACGUGCAGUUCUCCAUCUGGGUCUCCUUCUUUGAGAUUUACAAUGAGUUAAUCUAUGACUUGUUGGAACCAGCUUUACCUGGCCAGAACCGCAAGAGGCAGACGCUGCGGCUCUGUGAAGACCAGACUGGCAACCCCUAUGUGAAAGAUCUGAACUGGAUCAAUGUCCGGGAUGCUGAUGAGGCCUGGAAGCUCCUGAAACUGGGUCGGAAAAACCAGAGUUUUGCUAGCACCCACAUGAACCAGAACUCCAGUCGCAGUCACAGUGUCUUCUCCAUUCGGAUUCUGCACUUGCAAAGAGGUAGCAGUGAAAUCGUUCCAAAAAUCAGCGAGUUAUCCCUGUGUGACCUUGCGGGGUCAGAGCGCUGCAAGGACCAGAAAAGCGGGGACCGAAUGAAAGAAGCAAACAACAUCAAUACCUCCCUCCACACGCUGGGUCGCUGCAUUGCCGCCCUGCGCCAGAACCAGCAGUCCAAAUCGAAGCAGACUGUGGUUCCCUUCCGGGACAGCAAGCUAACCCGUGUGUUCCAGGGUUUCUUCACUGGACGUGGGCGCUCUUGCAUGAUUGUUAACAUUAACCAGUGUGCAUCUACGUAUGAUGAAACUCUGUAUGUAGCCAAGUUCUCAGCCAUCGCCAGCCAGCUUGUUCAGGCGCCUCCCACAAAGGUGGGACUUCCGUCCAUCCAAUCGAUCAUCAAAGAGCACAACAGGCGAACCAGCCAGGGUCAGGAGGCAGCAGCAAAGGAAGAAGUGGAAUCGGAAGAAGACAGUGAGGAUGAAGCAGAUGUCUCCAUGUAUGAGAAGGAGGACUUGUUGCGUGUAGUGGAAGCUGCACGAGAGCUGCUGGUGCAAGAGCGGCAGGAGAAGCUGCAACUAGAAAUGCGCCUCCGUGAGGAGAUCUGCAACGAGAUGCUGGAGCACAUGCAACAGAAGGAGCAGUGGUGCAGCCAACAUGUGGAUGCUCAGAAGGAGCUGCUGGAGGAGCUGUACGAGGAUAAACUGAAUAACCUGAAGGAGUCACUGACCGACUACUACCAGGAGGAGAUCCAGGACCGUGAUGAGAAGAUCGAGGAGCUCCAAGCUGCUCUGCAGGAGGCAAAACAAAAACUGAAGAGCCUGGAUACUAAGCAGAAGGACUCUGGGCAAGGCUUGCGUCGAUCAAAGCGAGUGGCUACCUCGUGCGCUCUGCAACAGGAGCUGGUAGAUACCAAAGCCAAACUGGAGCAAUGUCAAAUGGAGUUAAAUACCGCAACAGCAGAGUUGCGCAAGUACCAGAAAUUGCUGGAGCCACCUCCCUCCGCCAAACCCAUUACUGUGGACGUAGACAGGAAGCUGGAGGAUGGACAGAAGAAUGUCAGAUUGCUGCGUUCAGAAUUACAAAAACUUGGGGAGUCCCUUCAGUCUGCAGAGAGGGCGUGCUGCCACAGUACAAGUGCAGGGAAACUUCGAGAAGCCCUCUGUACGUGUGAUGACAUUCUGGCUCGACAGGACCAAACACUGGCAGAACUGCAGAACAACAUGAUGCUGGUAAAACUAGACCUGCGGAAGAAAGCAGCUUGUAUUGCUGAGCAGUACCACACUGUGCAGAAGCUCCAGGCUCCUCCAACAUCUACCUUAAAGAAACGGUUCUGUGCCAACAGGGAAAACCUACAGCCUAAUCAACCUCUUGGUAAAAAGCCCUUCCUGCACAACCUUCUGUCACGCUCCGCCACCCGUCCUGCUGCUGGCAGAGGGUGGCAACUUCGUUCUGUUGCUCUAUGACUUUUCACAAAGAGAUCCCUGCCCUGCUAUUACUGGAACAGGUGCCAAAUCGAAUAUAAUAGCAUCUAUUUUUCUUUGUGUGCUUGUUUAUUGUUAUUGUAGCUGCUUGAGAGCUUAUGUAAACAUUUUUGGAUAUGUAUGGUUAAACUUUUAAUCGAUACCAAAGUGGACAAAAUGACCUUUUGUAAUUUAAACACUACAACAAGGAACAUCUUUAAAUAUAAUGCGGAUGAUCAAAGCUCAUUUAACAAAAGGACAAGUUAAAAGUGAGUUCUCACCUUCAACUGUGUUGGCAUAUAAUUCAAAAAUAAGUGCACAAGGUCCUCCUUGAAAGAUAUUUUCCCUUCCUUGAAUUAUAAUCCUUUAUUAAAGUAUACACGUUCUAGUUCAGGGCUGUUCUCUCGGAUCUUGGCUUGCAAUUCUGGCUCCAAGCGUGUUACAGACAUAGAACUAAGCAAAAGAAAGAGUAAAAGGGUUAUAUAUAACAAGCACUUGAACGUAAAAUAAGAUGGAUGACGCAUUUGGUUAAACUUCCUGGAUUGUGAAAAGAGCUUUCAGAUCUUAUUUUAACUUCUUAUGAAGGAAUCAUGCUCACAGACCAGGGGCAAACAAAUCCCUGCUUAGAAGGCAAUAAGACAGUCCACAGAGUCAAGAAAGGGCUGUUGCUAUGACCAUGAGGGUAGGAAUCUACUUAGUUGCUUCAGGUUGUUGCUGGCAAUAGAAACUUACCUUCCUAAAGGUGUUUUUAUGAAAUCUAAUGUAUUUGCCUAUUUAACUUACUGCCUGAUUUUAUUCAGUUGAAUAAAAGGCUUAUUUUUAUAAGAGUCCUUCACAGGAAAGUGAAUUAAGCUGCCAGGUCACUUAAACAGCUGCAAUUUCUUAUGUACAGUUUAAUGGCUAAUGUUCCCACGAAAGGGAGAGCCCAGGAUAAAACCCCGAACUGUCCCGGU